AUGACGGACUCCAAAUACUUCACGACCAAUAAAAAAGGAGAGAUUUUUGAAUUGAAGGCUGAACUCAAUAAUGAAAAGAAAGAGAAGAGGAAAGAAGCUGUAAAGAAGGUUAUUGCAGCCAUGACUGUGGGGAAGGAUGUCAGUUACCUCUUUCCUGAUGUCGUGAACUGCAUGCAGACUGACAACCUGGAGCUGAAGAAACUGGUCUACCUGUACCUGAUGAACUAUGCCAAAAGUCAGCCAGAUAUGGCCAUCAUGGCUGUCAACAGCUUUGUGAAGGACUGUGAGGACCCAAACCCUCUGAUCCGUGCCCUGGCUGUGCGGACGAUGGGAUGCAUCAGGGUGGAUAAAAUCACAGAGUACCUGUGUGAGCCUCUGCGCAAGUGUCUGAAGGACGAAGACCCUUACGUGCGCAAGACCGCGGCUGUCUGCGUGGCAAAGCUGCACGACAUCAACGCCCAGAUGGUGGAGGACCAAGGAUUCCUGGAUUCUCUCCGUGACCUGAUUGCAGACUCCAAUCCCAUGGUGGUAGCAAACGCUGUGGCUGCCUUGUCAGAAAUCAGUGAAUCUCAUCCCAACAGCAACCUGCUGGAUUUGAACCCUCAGAACAUUAACAAGCUGCUGACAGCUUUAAAUGAGUGCACGGAGUGGGGCCAGAUCUUCAUCCUGGACUGUCUGUCCAACUACAACCCCAAGGAUGACCGUGAAGCUCAGAGCAUUUGUGAACGGGUGACCCCUCGGCUGUCCCAUGCCAAUUCUGCAGUGGUGCUGUCAGCAGUGAAGGUCUUAAUGAAGUUCCUGGAACUUCUUCCCAAGGAUUCUGACUAUUACAACAUGCUGCUGAAGAAACUUGCCCCUCCACUGGUGACCCUGCUGUCUGGAGAGCCUGAAGUUCAGUAUGUUGCCCUGAGGAACAUCAACUUGAUUGUGCAGAAAAGGCCUGAAAUCCUGAAGCAGGAAAUCAAGGUGUUCUUUGUCAAGUACAACGACCCCAUUUAUGUCAAACUGGAGAAACUGGACAUCAUGAUCCGCCUGGCUUCCCAAGCCAACAUUGCCCAGGUCCUGGCAGAGCUCAAGGAAUAUGCGACUGAAGUGGACGUUGACUUUGUGCGCAAGGCCGUGCGAGCGAUCGGGCGCUGUGCCAUCAAGGUUGAGCAAUCUGCAGAGCGCUGUGUGAGCACACUGCUAGACCUCAUCCAGACCAAGGUCAACUAUGUGGUCCAGGAGGCCAUUGUUGUCAUCAGAGACAUCUUCCGCAAGUACCCCAACAAGUACGAAAGCAUCAUUGCCACUCUGUGCGAGAACCUGGAUUCCCUGGACGAACCAGAUGCCAGAGCUGCCAUGAUCUGGAUAGUGGGUGAAUAUGCAGAGAGAAUUGACAAUGCAGAUGAGCUGUUGGAGAGUUUUUUGGAGGGCUUCCAUGAUGAAAGCACUCAGGUGCAGCUCACCCUCCUGACUGCUAUAGUGAAGCUGUUCUUAAAAAAGCCUUCUGAGAUUCAGCAGGUCCUCAGCCUGGCCACACAGGAUUCUGACAACCCAGACCUGCGGGAUCGUGGCUACAUCUACUGGCGCCUUCUUUCCACGGAUCCAGUGACUGCCAAAGAAGUGGUCCUCUCAGAAAAACCACUGAUUUCUGAAGAGACUGAUCUGAUUGAGCCAACCCUGCUCGAUGAGUUGAUCUGCCAUAUUGGGUCUUUGGCUUCUGUGUACCACAAACCACCCAACGCGUUUGUGGAGGGAAGCCAUGGCAUCCACCGCAAGCACCUGCCAAUUCACCAUGGAAGCACUGAUGCAGGUGACAGCCCUGUGGGCACAACGACCACUACAAACUUGGAGCAGACACAGGUCAUUCCAUCUCAGGGUGACCUCCUGGGUGACCUCCUCAACCUGGACCUGGGACCCCCUGUGAAUGUUCCCCAAGUGUCCUCCAUGCAGAUGGGUGCUGUGGACCUCCUGGGAGGAGGGCUGGACAGCUUGCUUGGCAGUGACCUUGGAGGGGGCAUUGGAGGAAGCCCGGCAGUGGGACAGACCUACAUUCCCUCCUCUGUGCCAGCCACCUUUGCCCCCUCGCCCACCCCAGCUGUGGUCAGCAGUGGACUCAACGAUCUCUUUGAGCUCUCAUCUGGUAUAGGCAUGGCUCCAGGAGGAUAUGUGGCUCCCAAGUCUGUUUGGUUGCCUGCAGUGAAGGCUAAAGGAUUGGAGAUCUCAGGCACGUUCAGUCACAGACAGGGACACAUCUACAUGGAGAUGAACUUUACCAAUAAGGCUUUGCAGCAUAUGACUGACUUUGCCAUUCAGUUCAAUAAGAACAGUUUUGGGGUCAUCCCAAGCACUCCUUUGGCCAUUCACACACCUCUGAUGCCAAACCAAAGUAUUGAUGUCUCACUGCCCCUCAACACUCUGGGACCAGUCAUGAAAAUGGAGCCUCUGAACAACCUCCAGGUGGCUGUGAAAAACAACAUUGAUGUCUUUUACUUCAGCUGCCUAAUUCCUCUCAAUGUGCUUUUCGUAGAGGAUGGCAAAAUGGAGCGCCAGGUCUUCCUUGCAACAUGGAAGGAUAUUCCAAAUGAAAAUGAGCUUCAGUUCCAGAUUAAAGACUGUCACCUGAAUGCUGACACUGUCUCCAGCAAACUGCAGAACAACAAUGUCUACACCAUUGCCAAGAGGAAUGUGGAGGGCCAGGACAUGCUCUACCAGUCUCUGAAGCUCACCAAUGGCAUCUGGAUCUUGGCUGAGCUUCGCAUUCAGCCAGGGAACCCAAACUACACGCUCUCCCUGAAAUGCAGAGCUCCUGAAGUGUCCCAGUACAUCUACCAGGCCUACGAUGCCAUCUUGAAAAACUAACAGGAGAUCAGCCUGUGCCUCACCCUGCAGAAGGAGGGGGGAAAAAGGGGUCCCCGGAUCCUCCUUCACCGCUAGCGCGGGGAAAAGCACUCGUAACUGGAAGCAGCUGUAUUCAUGUGUAGGAUUUCAGUCAAAGGCACUGAUUAAACAAGGUAGCAAUUAGUAUCCACGUGCUAACGAUGAUAGGGAGCAAACCCCUUUGGUAUUUUUAGCGUCCAUGGAGUUUGUAACCACUGCUUCGACUACUCCCAUGUCCCCCUCUCCCCUCACUCAUCCGUUCUUGUGGGCUUCUCCAUUUUGUGCCAAUGUUCAGUGUUUUCUAAAUGGCUUUAGGUGUAGUUUCGAUUUUGUAAAAUACUUAACUGCUCAUUGGAAAAAAAAAAACCAACAAAAACCAAGCAAAAACCACACGUCUGCUCAUUAAAACAAGGCAAAAGUGUCGAAAA